AUGGCUCUCGGCGAGUUCCUCUACGACGCGGCGCACCGGGUGGUCGUGUGCGUAGCCUGCGGGACGUGCCUCGUGCCCGACGGCCAGGACGGUCGAUGGGCGACGCACCUACGGCGGGCGCCCCAUAGGCUGAAGGGGGAGCGGCUGCGGCGGACGCUCGAGGGGCUCUCGACGCACGAGCUACGCGGGCGGGACGAGCUCAAGCGCCUGCGGCCGGACAGGAGGAGGCCGUGCGAGAGGAUCAAGGGACUGGCGUCGUACGGCGGCUACCUAUGCGCGUGCGAUCCGGAGAAGUGCACGUUCGCCACGACACGGCUCUCGCUUAUGCACGAUUAUAUGCCCAGGCACGGCCGGACCGCCUCGCACUAUACGCGUGACGCGCCCUUGUGGACGUCGUGCACGCUACAGACGUACUUCACGGCGCGGCAGCUCGUCGACUACUUUGUUAUCGUCGAGGCGGAGAGCGAGGAAGUACGGCGGGGUCUGGAUCCCACGCAGUCCGUGGGCUCUAGCGGCCCCCCGCCGUCGUCGCCCGAGAGGCACGUCUUCGAGGAGCUCAGGGAGGAUAUGAAGCAGGCAGGCCGCGACCUCGACGCCAAGGCGGCCGUCGUCGAGGACCUAGGCCAGGGUCGCGCGGAGAGGGAGCGCUGGCUCGUCUACACGGGCUUCCCGACGCACCUACGGGGGCUCACCGACGCGGAGAUCCGGUCGUCGUUCCGGCUGCCCAAGGCGACGAGCGUGCUCCUGCAGCAGACACCUAAGAAGAAGGGCGGCGUUACUAGGCGAGAUAAUAACGAGAACGACGACGACGACGACGACGACGACGAGAGCGACCUCCGACGGAUCCUAGCGGCCACGGAUCGGUGGCUGCGUAAGGCCUAUGACCUCGUGGCCGAUAGCUCGACGGAGCGUAAGAUGACGCACCAGCGGGCCCAGAAGCUCAGCGACUUUGCAGCGGGCGCCGGUAAGAAGGGCAAGGACGUGGCGUUCCGGUGCUUUAAGAACGAGGCGACGCUCGUCACGUACUUUCGGCGGAUGAAGGAGCUGCUAGCCUACUACCACCGCGUCGUUUACCGCGACGACGGGCACUUCUCACGCACGUCCGAGGCGCCCGUCCUGCCGCGUGCCGUGAUCGAGCCGACGGGCCGGCAGCAGAGGGCGAUAGAUAUGAUCCACGACGCCCUGCGCGCGCAGGACCAGGCGGGCGGCGAAAAGGACGACGACGAGCACGACGAAGGGCUCGAGCGCGCUAUCCGCGCGUUCUACGUCGCGCUUAUCUGCCAGACGGUCGGCAGCGCGCACUUCCGCUCGCCCGUGCUCAGCUUCUGCGCUAUGCUCAGCCGGACGAAGCUCUAUAGCAGCGGCGCGCGCAGGGAGGGCGAGAACAAGCGCGCCCGCAAGGGGCUCGGGGACGACGAGGCAGACGAGGCGGCGAGGCAGCGAAGGAACCUGGGCGGCUGGCACGACCCGGGGAACUAUAGCAGCCACCUAUCGGCGCUGAUCUGGACCGCGCAGCUGAUCCUGUUCGAGUCAGUCUGCUUCCACGCGGGCAAUGACGAGGCCCAGAUCCCGGCCGUGCUUAGCAAGGUCUGCGAGGACUAUAUGCACCAGAAGGGCGAGACGACGUUCGGCUAUAUCCUGCAGUGGCGCCUCUAUAUCACGACCGUCGCUAAGUCGGCCAUCAGCCGGCGCCAGGCGCGCUGGUCCCUCUGCGGCCAGGAGAUCACAUACCUAGGAACCCGCUUGUAUGUAGGGGACGUGACGAAGCUGAUCGUAUCCGAGUAUAAGCGGGCGCGGGACCUGCUCUACGACGGGCUCCUGUUUAAGGCGCGAGGCCUAGGCGGUAUCGAGGCGUGGCGGCUGCUCGACGACCUCGACGCCGAGGACUACGGCGGAUCGUGGCGCACGGACGAGAGGAACGCCGACGUAGUACGCGGCACGCACGAGGCCCUCCUACGGCAGAUCGAGGGGAGGGCCGACCUCCGCCAGCUCUUUCUACGCGGUGGGCCGAGCGAUUCGCCGUCUACCAGGGUCACUCUCUGCCGCAAGGCUAUGGCCGCCUAUGAGGCCGACGUGCAAGAGUUCCUACAGUCGCUGCUGCUACUCCUAUUUAUCUCACCGAUGCCGCCGCUACGGGCGCCCGAGUUCCUGUCGAUCACCGUUACUAAUAGUAGCACGCGGCGCCGGAGUAUGCUGAUCUGGGAGAAGAU